CAGCGCAAGGUUACUUGGGAAAUCGCUUUCAAUUUUGGCACUGGCAGCAUCAAAUGAAAUUGGAGGGAUAGCAUCUGAUAGGGUUGUUCAAGUUAUAACGUUGGGGACGACGUUAUUCCUUCUCUUUAACUUCAGCACUAUAAAUGUCCUUUCCGAAGACACAAAACGAAUGGCGAACUGCGUUAGAUGCACUCCCUUCUAGUCCAGAGAAAAUCCCUGCUUUCUUCUUUGGGCAUGGGUCCCCGAUGCUCAUUGCCAGGGAGCAGGUCACAAACUCACCCAUGCCAAGCGCCAUGGGGCCGGAGGGCGAUCUCGCAAAGUUUUUGCGUGAUUUCGGCCCCGCUUUGAAGGCCAAGUACAAGCCGAAGGGCAUUGUCGUAUUCAGCGCUCAUUGGGAAACGAUAGGGGUACGUCACGUGACGGAUUACGGAGAUAGGAACCCUUUACUCAUGGACUACUUCGGGUUUGAGCCUUAUUAUUAUCAACAAACAUUCGAAUCCAAAGGAAACCGCGCUUUGGCUGAGCGUGUCGUCCUGUUGUACAAAGAGGCAGGCGAAGAAGCCAGAUUCUCCGGCGUUCGCGAGAACCGCGGAUGGGAUGGCCGGACUUCUCCGCCACGUCAAGGCCCGGGAUUCGACCAUGGAGUCUUUGUCCCUUUCAAGCUUAUGUUUGGGGACAAGGUCGACGAUGUGCCUAUCGUUCAAGUAUCCAUCGAAAGGUCUGGCGAUCCAGAACAGAACUGGGCGGUUGGAAAGGCCUUAUCAAAACUCAGAGAAGAGGGGAUUCUCAUCUUAGCAGGUGGUCUGACUGUCCACAAUCUUCAUGAUCGAAAACAAUUUUCAGAGAAGUCAGCGUCACCCAACGUGACGAUGUUCGAUCAGGCAAUAACGGUGGCUGCAUCCAAGUCCCAUCUUGACGAAAGGAAACAGUCGCUAUUUGACCUCAUGAAGCACGGUGGCUUCGCGCAGGCGCACCCCUCUGCUGAGCAUUUUGUUCCGCUGUACGUUGCAGCGGGUGCAGGUGAGGAGGGGGGCGUUCAGGUCGUCAGCGCCAUUUACUCUGCUCCAACUAUUGCAUUCGGUAUUUGAUGACACGCAGAAGAAUGUACUUUGCACUAGAAGCUACGUUGCAUUUGCGAACAGGAUGGACAUUAAUAUUUCAACCGACGUAUGGAA